UGUGUUUUAUCAGCCAGUUUUAUGUUCCCAUCCUGCGUGUACGUUUUCAAUGUUGUCGUUCUUGCGUGUUAUGACUUUUUUGUGCUUAAAUUUAUCUAUUAGUUGUUUUUAAACAUAAUUUUUUACAGUAUUUACAUAUGUUAAUACGUGUAUGAUAUAAUUCUAGAGUUUAGUGAAAUUAUUAAAAUAUCUGCUAUGGUUAUUAAACAAUAAUUUUUAUUUUAUAUUUUAUUAUUAUAUUAUAUUCAAGACCUUAAUUAGAUACCAAAUUCUGUUAAUAAGUGUGUUUACCAAAAAAAAUAAUUCGACAUAUUUUACAAGAUAAGACAAGCCAAAAAGAGUAUGUCAUUUAUGAUGGUUGACCGAUUGCCUGUUCCUAAACUAUCUACAUAUAUUUCGGCUACGGUAUUAUCCAUAUCUGCAGCUACCUAUUAUUCAGUUAAAUACAGUUUUGAUGCAUCACAUGAAUCAAAUUCUAAUGUCAAGAUUAAUGAAGAUCCAACAAAAACUGAUCCAAUGGAUGUAUAUUAUGAACAAAUGCUUAAUGUGUUAGCAUUUAUGUUGCAAGAUCCUUUAUGUUUUUUGGUUCUUUGUAACGGUGCAAUUUGUAGCAUAGUGAUGAUAGGCGCUGUUAUACAGUCACUUGUUCUUGGUAGCUUAAGACCAGUAGAACAUGUACAAUUUCGCGAACGUCUAUGGAACUGGGUUAUUUACAAGUUCAUUUUUAUGUUUAUAAUCCUUAAAGCUUAUACAUUGGAUAAAGUAGCUCUUUGGCUAUUUUGGUAUUCUACCUUAGGAUUUCUUCAUUUAAUGACCAGUUUGUGUAAAGAUCGAUUUGAAUAUAUGUGGAUUUCUAUGGGUACUGGAACUAGAGUGAACUGGAAAUAUAUUCAUAUGUCUGUACUUUUAUCUAUUGGAUUUAUAUUUUCUUUGUUGCUGUUAAAUUUUGCAUACCUUGUUGGCCUUACUUUAUCAAAACAUAUAUUUGCUUUUAUGGUCAUUGAGUGUUUGAUGUUGGCUGGAAGUAUUGUCCAUAUAUUUCUUCGUCAUUAUAUCCAACUUUUUCAUCGUAAUUCUAUAAAUCAUACAACUAGUCCUGGUAAAUUUAUUUAUUACUCCGAGUUAAGUUUGGAUCUUGGUAUACGUGUGAUGGAGAUCCUUCAUUAUUCUCAUGCUAUUAUAUGGACCAGUUCAUAUCUAACAAUGGCUGGUUUUGUAAUAUUUAUGCAUAUGAGACAACUGAUCAGUGAUAUUCAAAAACGACUACAAAAACAUAAAAAUUUUCUUUGGGUUCAUUCUCAUCUAGAAAAAAAUUAUCCUAUGGCAACUGAUGAAGAAUUAGAUACAAAUUCCGAUAACUGUGCUAUUUGCUGGGAAAAAAUGGAUUCAGCAAGAAAAUUGCCUUGUGGUCAUCUGUUUCAUAAUGGAUGUUUACAAUCAUGGAUGGAACAAGAACCAUCAUGUCCAACAUGCAGAUUGUCAUUAACCUUAGGUCAUAAUCAAAAUAUGCCAAUAAAUUCAACAAGUAAUGGUGGUCAACAGACAAUGGGUACUCAUAAUCACAUUCCUUAUCAUUUUUUCCACUUUGAUGGAUCUAGAUAUUUAUCAUGGUUACCAAGUUUUUCUGUUGAAGUAACACAUACUAUAAGACCUACAAGUCAAAUACACACUUCACAAAUAGAUACAAUGGCUCGACAGGUUUUACAAUUGUUUCCACACUUCACUAUGCAUUCAAUUAUUGAAGAUUUAUCAACUACUCGUUCUGUUGAUUUAACUAUUGAUAACAUAUUAGAAGGCAGACUGGUAGCACCUCAACAAUUUAUUGAAGAAGAACCUGUUAUUGUCGAAACUAUACCAAUUGUUAAUACUGUUGAACAAAUUAUCAAUACACCUGCUCCUGCUAGUUUUAACACAAUUACUAGUGAACCCACCAUAGAUGGACUUAUGAGUAUGGGUAGCCAGUUUUCUAAGUCACCCGAUGAAAGAGAAAAUAUGUUGAGAGCUCGAAAACAAGCAAUGAUAAUGAAAGCUAGGCAAAGGUACAUGAGCAAAGAUGGAGAUGGUUCAUCAAAAACUGACUAAUAAUAGCAUUGUAAAGACACACGCUUGCACAUAUACACUCACACAAAAGAAAGCUAAGACUGUGAUUAGAAACCCAUUAUUUGAUUUUAAUUUAAGGAUUUAAUAUAAUUUUUUGUAUAAAAUAAUAUACACAAGAUUCAGGAUCUUAGUGUCCAAAAUUUCAAACUAUAUAAAUGUCCAAGAUAAUUAUUUAUCCAAGUAAUUAAAAUGUCCUCAUAAGUAUAUUUAAAAUACAGAUAUAAAUAUGAUACCUAUUAGAAGAAAAUCAGUAUCUAGACAAGUGAGCAUUUUGACGGCUAUAAGUUCUAUAUGCUUGAAAAAAGAUAGAUCAUCAUUAAAUGUUUGAUAAAAAUUUUCUUUACGCUAUUAAAAAAAUGAUACUUUCAUGCAAACUUAUUUUCUUUAAA